AUGUUUAUUGCCAAAUCAUUUCUCCUCUUUCUUCCCCGUAUAAUAAUAUCUGCUGUCUAUUCAGAAGCAGAUGUGUCUCCUCCCCCUGAGCCCGAACCUAUCGAUGUUAUUGAGUUGCCCCUCCCACCUGCUGCAUUCUACAGAAUGGAGGGGUUGAUUCAGCCAGGAAGCUUUUUACCCGACGGCAGCCACGUUAUUGCGCGUGUCAACUAUACUGGCGCACCCGAUUCAGGAAGCAUAUAUACUGGCGACCAAUUAAUACUCAUCAAAUCCGACGGGACUACUUUCUGUAAUGGCAGUCCGUUCAAAUGCGUUACCUGUGGAAUACCCCAGGAUAACGCUGCUGGUCGAGCCAACGAUCUGGAUUAUCCUCAGGCAUUCCGCGACGGAAACCGGAUUUUAGCCGGUACUAAUAUCGUUGAUUGCGGAGAAUUCGAUCUCAGCAGUGAUCGUUGUGUCCCCGAGUCGACAUUUAUAUAUCCUAUUCGUUGGAACACUGCCGUAGCUGGAUCAGGAGAGGGCGGGAUCAUUCGUGAGUUGCAUUUACAUCCCGAUAACAUACACAUCGGCUUCAACUCAUUCGUUAGCACGGCGGGAAAAUUGGGCCAGUACGGCUACGUGGGCCAACUUGAAUUUAACCCAUCACCGACCACGGGCCUACCUAUGGCAUCCCGAUAUGACUUGGCGAAUGUGAACGUCUUGGUUAGCGAUGGUAUCAGAAACCAGCCACUUCUCUUUGACGGGAAUCGGAUACGUGUCAAUCCUGAUGCUAUCGCCGUGGGCGAAUUCAGAGGAUUUAGUGGAAGUGGUAGGGUGAUGGGAGCCCAGACAGCAUCAAUGACCCACUAUGGAACGGACGAGCCGACCCUAGAUUCUCUCUGGACACCACGCGGCUGGUGUAUUAGGAAGCUCUUACCGUUGCGCCGGCUUGCGGAGGUGAUAAUCCACUCCGUUGCCCCAAUUCGACCGAACCAGGUGGUCGGACGGAACGAGUGAUGGUGGCGCAUUUUACUUCUCGCCAGCCUGUGCCACUGGCACGGCACAUGUUGAGCGACUAUCUCUUGGGCCACCCCUUAUGAGCCGGGAUACGCCCCUCCUCUACCACUGUUCGUUUCUAGCGGCGAGUAUACAAUGUAUGGUGAGGUAGCUGGUUCGGCUCAGAUCACCAUCGUUGCAGACGCCAACCUUACAAUUGUGAAGUCUGUUGCUGUGAAAUAUGACAACUUCUCUGACGAUGGAAUUACCUUUCUCGAUGGUACAGAACACGACGCUGAAUCCAACCGUCACUCUGAACAUAGUCGACUGGUACUCCGACCUGGUUCAGACUGGACAGACGAACGCUACUAAGGUGACUAGCCCCGAUGUAUUCCAUUUGUCUAUCGACGCAUUCACGAAUAUCUUCGAUGCGAACGGUACGCUGAGCACUGCCAUCAAUGGUACCUUGUACAUCCAGCCAGCAAAUGGCACUUGAAUCGAAUACAUCAAGUGCUGCAAUUUUAAAUAUUGGCUAUUAGCAAUAUGUACAAGUUCUCAUAGUAGCACCCGUGCAACUGGCGAUUUUUACCUAAUAUGUAGACUGGCUCGUACUUCGUAUGUAGUUCGGCGUUUCUACGAAUACGAGACCAGGGGGGAUAUCCGUGAUCACCCUCGUAUUCGUACUUGGCCUAAGCUUCUAUAUGCAUGACUCGUAA